UGGCUGAGCAGGUGCACACUAACUAUCUCGAAGUUGGUGCAGAUAUUAUUAUCACAGCAUCAUAUCAGGCUACUACCAUUCAGGGAUUUGAGGCAAAGGGAUACUCUACUGAAGAAGGUGAAACCAUGUACGUUGAGGAGAAGUGUCGAGAUCACUUGUGAGGCAAGAGAAGCCUACAACAAAAGAUGCGAAGAAGCUCAACAUGACAUUGAUAGUAGUGGCAAUGUCUUGAAGCAGCGGCCUAUAAUAGUUGCUGCUUCUGUUGAAAGCUAUGGAGCUUAUUUGGCUGACGGAUCAGAGUACAGUGGAAUCUAUGGUGAAGCUGUUAGCUUGGAGACCUUGAAGGAGUUCCAUCGCAGAAGGCUUAAAAUCUUGGCAGAAUCCGGUGCUGAUCUCAUAGCAUUCGAAACCAUUCCAAAUAAGGUGGCAGCUCAGGCCUAUGUUGAGCUUUUAGAGGAAGAAGACAUUGAAGUUCCUGCAUGGUUUGCUUUUUAUUCCAAGGACGAUAUCAAUGUUGUGGUGAUUCUUUGA